GUUAGUUCCUGGUCUUCAAAUGCAGCGUCAUUAUUAAUGCUAGACCAAACUUAAAUGACCGAAAAUGAUUUUAAUUGUCAACAAUAUUUCUAGUUAACUAUAUCUACAUGCUGUACAUAUACGCCCUGAGUAUGCAAGUAAUUAUGAUGAGAUUCUUUCAACUGGAAAUACUUAAUCAUUGCUCCACCAAAAUAAACAUAGUGAUGGCGUCGUUUGGUCAUUGAAGUGGCGAUUUAGCAAAGUAAAAACAAUCUACCCAGCUUCAAUACCUUAUUAAGAUUCAGAGCCAAAUGAACUCAUUGCAGAAUGAAUCCAUAACCAUGAAUAAAUAAGAAUAUUUAUUUGACAAGAAUGCACCUAGUCACCCAUCAAUCACUUGAACUCCAAUUACCAUUGUUUUAAAGAAAAGAAAAUGACAAAUGAGCCAAUGGAGACUGAGGGGUUGUGUCUCUGUGAAAAGUGCGGGAAGGAAUUCUCCGAUAGCAGCCGCCUUUCCUCUCACCUUUGCACUGUGGACUUCACCAAAAAGGGACAGUUGACCCGUUAUAAGUGUCCUUUGUGCGAUGAGGUCUUUACCAUGCCAGGUGCACUGAAACACCACUUCCAAAGCCAUCGGAGGGAGGAACUCAAAGGUCCGUUCCACUGCUCCGAGGAGGGUUGCCAGUUCAGCACCUCACACCGGUUGGUGUACCAGGAACACCUGCACUCACAGCAUGCUCUCACCCUCGUCUCUUGUACCUUCCGGUCCUGCACCUUGGCAUUCCGCACACGUUCUGAGAUGGAGGGCCACUGGCGUAUCCAUAUGCCUUUCCACUGUCCCCGCUGUGACUUUGUGACCGCUCAUGCUAAACAGCUGAGUACCCAUGGUGUGGAACAUGACCGUCCACUAGCUGCACCUGAGGGUGACAAGGUGCCAACAACGACAGGCCAGGGUGGAAACAGCCAAUCGGCUCUUGAGACCAGCUCUGGAAGGCCAAGAAGGGCCCGGAAACGCAAUCCAGCUUAUGUGUCAUCAUCACAAGAAGAUGAUGAGGAUGAAGAAGAGACACAGCAGCACAACAUCGACAAUAGAGCCAGAGAGGAGGUGCAAAAACACAAAGCAGCUACGAACAUCAAUGAGAACCCAUCUAAAGGUAGUGUGGGAUCUCUAGUCCUGCGUUGUUGUUCUUCUCUUCUGUGUUCAGGACCAUUCAAGUUUUCUGGUGAGGUAGGGUUUUGCCAGGUCAUCAAAUAUCAGAUAAAUGUUGUGCUAACCAUACUUUUGAAAAUCACUUUAAAUCAGGUUUAUGCCAGUAAAUCUAGGUCUACAUUUACAUACAAGGAAAUAAGUUGUUCUGUUACAUUUGUUUCAUUACAAAAGAUAACACCCACAUCUCCUCCCUGUCCUGAAGAUCAUAUUAUGGCAGGCAUGGAGCAUAUGUAUCACACUCACAUCUGCCCCGAGUGCCGCCGCUGUUUCAAGAUGCGCUCCCACCUGCUGGAGCACCUCCACCUCCACUUCCCAGACCCCAGUCUCCAGUGCCCCACCUGCAACCAUUACUUCACCAGCAAGAGCAAGCUGCGCAUCCACAUGCUUCGCGAGUCUGGCCAGAAGGUCCAUCGCUGCCACCUGUGCAACUACGCCUCUGUGGAGCGCAACUCGCUCCACCGCCACCUGGCCAGUGUGCACUCCAACGAGGUUGGGGGUGACAUCCACCCGGAAGUCUACCCCUGCCCCACCUGUGGCCAGAGCUUCCGCCAGAGCCAGGCGCUCAAGUCCCACAUGAAGUCUCACCACACGACUCGGGACAGCCAGCCACUGGCCUGCUUCCAGGAGGGAUGCUCCUUCAAUACCUCUGACCGGAAGGAGCUACAGAGACACGCAGCCGAUGUCCAUGGAAUCAAGGCCGUAGAGUGCCGCCAUCAUGCCUGCAACGCCAUCUUUGGUAGCCCCCAGGACAUGGAGGCCCAUUACCGGACACACUUAGCCUUCCACUGCUCACAGUGCGACUUCUCCUGCUCCAACAAGAGCCUCUUCCGGCAGCACAAACUGCAAGGCCAUGCCGGGGACGAGGAGUUGACCUGCAACUUUUGCCCCUUUGCCACGUUCAAUCCUGUGGAGUUCCAGCAGCAUGUCGGCCAUUUCCACGCCAAUGAGAAGAUCCACCGGUGCCAUCAGUGCAGUUUUGUCACCGCACACAAGCGGGUCCUACGACGGCACAUGCUGAUGCAUAGUGGUGAGAAGCCCCACAAGUGUAACCUGUGUGACUUCAGGUGCCGUGAUGAGACCUACCUCUCAAAACAUAUGCUCAUCCACUCAGAUGACAAGAAUCAUAUGUGCUCUGAGUGUGGAUAUGUCACCAAAUGGAAACACUACCUGAAUGUGCACAUGCGCAAACAUGCUGGUGACCUCAGGUACCAGUGUGACCAGUGCUCCUACCGUUGUCACCGCACGGACCAACUGAACAGCCACAAACUCCGACACCAGGCCAAAUCACUGAUAUGUGAAGUCUGUGCAUAUUCCUGCAAGCGCAAGUACGAGCUUCGCAAGCACAUGCUCCUCAAGCACUCUCAGGGAGAGGGCCAUCAGCCUCCAGUCUUCCAGUGCAAGUACUGUCCCUAUCAGACAUGCUACCGCCAGGCUCUGCACAACCACGAGAACUGCAAACAUACCCGGACUCGAGAGUUCCGCUGUGCCCUCUGCCCCUACUCCACUUACAGCAGCACCGGCCUCUUCAUCCACAAGAGGAAGGCUCAUGGAUACGUGCCUGGCGAUAAGGAGUGGCAAGAGAACUAUGCAGAGAAGGAGAGGGAGAACUCUAUGGACCUACUGCAGGGCUUCUACAAAAUGCCAGCCAAGAACUCUGUAGAAGGUCCUAUCAAGAACCUACAGGAGAAAGUCGCUGGCUCUGCUGUUCAAAAUGAACACAACCUAGAAACUGUAACUGGCCCCAAAACCACAGAAAUGGCAAAUAAAAAUUCUGAUAUUGUCCAAGUGGUAGUUGACAAAGGGAUUCUGGCAUGUCACAAUUCAACAGAUAAUCCAGAGCAAUGCUGUACAUUAGUUUUGACAACAAUAGCUAACACAGAGUGCACUGAGAUGGCAUCCAUACAGGGUGAGACGCCAAACAGCAGAGACCCAACUUACAGAAGACCCACAGUGGACCCUAAAGGAUCUAACACCCUGAGCCAAAAGCCAGCAUCUGCAAGUGAGGCGGAGGAAGAGGACAUGGCUAUGGAGGAUUGCGAUGACCUAAACGAUUCAGAAGACAGAGAAACUCCUUUAACCGCUACAAGGCAACCGGCAGAGGCUGCAGAGAACAACACACAGAUAGCGGAGGUGUCUAGCGCAGCUUGCAACUCAUCCGCCGAAUCAUUGGCGCAAAACGUUGACUCUGAGAUUCGUCUGAAGGCCAUGAGGAAGCAAGACAAGGACCAGGCGGAGGCUCUGGUCUUGGAAGGCCGGGUUCAAAUGCUGGUGGUGCAGAAUGAGGCCGGAGAGGCUAGCAUAUACCGGUGCGAACACUGCUCCUACGUGACUCGCAAGCAGACCUCUCUCCGACACCACUGCCGUUCCCUCUGCCUCGCCAGGUGGAAGAGACUCAAGUGCCAAGCCUGUGGGGCGCAGUUCAAACAGAAGAGAGGCCUGGACACCCACCGCCUUAGGAAGUGUCCCGCUCUGCAGAAGAACACCAGGAGGUUCAUUGGCACUCCCUCUGCUGGACAGUCUGGAGAAAGGGACUGGGGUCAGGGUAAAUCCCAGAUCCCUGAUAAAACCACAACCGCCGAUCAAUCAGAGAUAGUAUCUUGUGAUGUUGCGCCAACCGAAGAUUCCAUAGCCACACAACCAGAAAUGAGAGGAGAGGAAGCAAACUUGUGCGAUUUGACCAAUCCCGGAGGCUCGGGUGAGAGAGAAUCUACAGCACUACAGAAAAGCCUAAGGAAGACAGUUGGAAAGACAAAAAGGCAAGUGAAAGUUGGCAGGGUAAAGAGACCUGUGAAGAUGAAAAAGAUCAAUGAGGGGGAAAUCUUAGGAAAGACAGACAAAGCCCAUCCUGUGAACACAGAGAAUGACAAUGUGCAUAGCUAUAUAGAAGAUGACAUGAAAUUCACUUGCAAUACGUGCAGUUUCACGUCCUCCAGGCUUGUGACGAUAGAGCGCCACUGCUCGACGUGCACAAGAAAAACUCCCACAAAGAUGGCUGUCCGAAUUUUUAGCUCUCUGGAGCAGGAUGAUGACAGCAAUGAGAGGGAUGAGAAUAUUAAAAGGGGUUCUGAAGAAGCUGUGGUUGAGAUAAAGGUAUCAAAUCCAAGCUAUUCUCCUAAAUUGUCCUGUCCCAACUGUCUUUUCAGGUGCAAACAGAAGAGAGCACUGAUCAACCACGAGAAGCGAGGCUGCCUGAAGCCAGACGAGGUGCAGUGCGAAUUCUGCUCGUUUGUGGCCAAGUCACAGAAAGCUAUGGCUAACCAUGUACUGGUCCAUCGGAAAGACAAGUUAUCGCUCUUAAAAAAGGUCAAAAGGUCAGUUUUGCAUUGCGACCAUUGCCCCUUUACUUGUAAGCAAGAGCGUUGCAUGACCCAGCACGUGGCUCUGAAGCACGAAGGUGCCAAGCCCCACCGCUGCCGCUUCUGCCCGUUCAGCACCACACGGCGCUACCGCCUAUAUGCCCAUGAAUCUCUUCACACCGGCAUGGGCCGCCACAGCUGCGACGUCUGCGACCAGACCUUUGGCGCUGCCUCCAAACUCCGCCAGCAUCACAAGCGUGUCCACGACAAACAGCCCUCUCAUUUCUGCACCCUGUGCGACUUCAGCAGCUACUCUCUCAACGAUGUCGGACGACAUACCCUCCGCUGCCACACAGGGAAGCUCCUGCACCCCUGCAGCCAAUGUGAGGCACGCUUUAGCUCCGACACAGCGCUCAAGCAGCACUGCAGCCGCAAACACCUGAGCCCCGCCAGCGUAGCGUGCCAACAAUGUGACUUCAUCUGUGGCAGCCAGGCCACCCUCAAGGUCCACCAGCAGAAAAGGCACCCUCAGCUGGACUGUGCCACCUGCCAGGAGACCUUCCCCACCCGGGAGGGCCUGGAGGAGCACCAGAGGACCCACCUCACCCAGCAGUGCCUGCUUUGCCCCUUUGCCACCCGUAAGAGGCAGCCACUCAUCCAGCACCUUCUCGACGAGCAUGAGGAUGGCCCCCCAGAGGACAAGCCACUGAAGUGUGCCAUCUGUGGCUUCGCCUGUCGCCACCAAUUGGUCUUUGAGCAGCACGUUCGCUCCCACGGGGGUACCCGCCUUUACAAGUGCACAGACUGCCAGUACUCGACUCGCAACAAGCAGAAAAUCACAUGGCACAUUCGCAUACACACAGGGGAGAAGCCCUACCAUUGUGAGCAGUGCAGCUACUCCUGCGUAGAUCCAUCAAGGCUAAAGUAUCACAUGAGGAUCCACCAGGAGGAGAAGAAGUACCUCUGUCCUGAGUGUGGCUACAAAUGCAAGUGGAUGAGCCAAUUGAAGUAUCACAUGACCAAACAUACAGGGGAUAAGCCAUAUGCGUGCGAGGAGUGUGAGUACCGCACUAACCGUGGUGACGCCCUCCGCAUCCACAGGGAGACGCAGCACUGCGACGCUCGCACCUUUAUCUGCGAGAAGUGUGGCAAAGGCUUCAAGACGCGCUUCCUCCUUAAGACCCACCAGCGUAAACACAGCGAGGAGCGGCCUUACGUGUGCGGCCUGUGCCGCAGGGCCUUCCGUUGGCCAGCCGGCCUCCGCCACCACUACCUCACCCACACCAACCAGCAGCCUUUCAUGUGCCGCUACUGCCCCUACCGUGCCAAGCAGAAGUUCCAGGUGGUCAAGCACCUCCGGGGACACCACCCGGACCAGCCUGUGGAGCAAGGGGUGGCCAAGGAUCCCCACGCCCUCAGCCUAACCCUGCAGGAUGCCCGUCUGGGGGGGCUGGAGGAGGGGGCUGGGGAGGAGGUGGAGGAGGGAGCUCGAGAGGAGGGGAUGGAGGUGAUUGUACCGGAUGGGGUGGAGGUGUUGGUGCAAGAGAGGGUGGAGGAGGUCACAGAAGACCAGCAAGGUGAGGAGUAAAAAGGUUCAGCCCACUCAACUGGAACCUGAGAAAACAGACAUUUUAGUGAACGUUUUGAUGCAGUUUUCCUCAUCCAAGCAUGAUGAGGACUGGGCUACAGCGGUAAACUUAAAUUAAAUAUCAACAAAGGACCUUGUCUUAAUGAGUAUGCAUUUACAUAUACUACUGCAGAGUGCACCGUGAAACAA